AUGGAGAAUGAUGAAACAUUGAUAGAAAUUGAAUGUGAUGGUACAAUAACACUGGAACAUAACGGUCAAUUAAUAACAAUCAAUGCACCAACCGGACAUCAAACAUUUAAAUUAAAAAUCAAAAAUAAUCAAAACAAAACACCUAAAAUCACAAGUAGUCCAAAUGUCAUUUUCAAUGAUGAUGAUAACAUUAUUAAAACAAUUGUACAAUCCAAAUUCAAAAAUGAAAAAUUGGUGAAAAAGUACGGAUGGAGAUGUGAUAAAGAAAAAAAAGUCCAAUUUUUCACAUUCACAAGUUCACAAGAUGGAAAACUGUAUGUGGUUAAAGUUUUCAAAAAGGAGGGAUUUACUUGGGAAAGAGAUUUCAUACGAGAAGUUUCUUAUGUGAUUAAUAUAAGUCAUCCCAAUAUUGUCAGGAUUUAUGAGGGAGAUACAUUUACAAUUAACGAUGUAAAAUUUAAUUAUUACAAAAUGGAUUAUUAUACUCAUGGCUCUCUUGAAGCAUGGGCAAAUGAAAGGACAAAUCUAAAUGAAAAAAGUUUAUUAAUGAUAAUGUUACAAUUGGUCAAUGCUGUAAAAUUCAUUCAAACUAGAAACAUUAUUCAUAGAGAUAUUAGACCAGCUAAUAUACUAAUUCAACAUAUUAAUAAUAAUGAUGGAAUACCAAUAAUUGCUCUUGCUGAUUUUGAAUAUGCUACCAAACCAGAAAAUUCUUCAGUUAAAGGAAGUAUAUGUGGAACUCCAAACUAUGAUCCAAAAAUUAUAACUCAUGGAUAUUCUUUUAAUAGUGAUUGUUAUUCUAUUGGUAGAACAAUGUUUGACUUGAUUGUUGAGAGUACAAAUAAUGAUAAUUCAUUAUUUGAUGAUGAUGAUAAUGAUCUCAAUUCAACCAUAAAAGAUGAUGAUAGACCUAAAAUAGAAGAUUUACUUGAACAAAAUAUCAUUUCAGAAACAUUUGCUAAAUUAAUUUUCAGUUUGUUGGAAGAUAGUAUUGAUCUAGAUAUAUUAUGUAUCAAGUUACUACAAUUAUUACAAAAAUAUAUCAAAUGGACCGAAUAUAUUAAAGAUGAAUAUAUAUUAAGUAUUAUACAAUCUAAUGUUUAUAUUGAAUUCAAAGUAGUUGAAGAAGAUUAUACUAAUUUUGAAUACAUUUCAGAACAAUCUAAAAAUAAUUACGAAUUCAAAAAAAAAUCAGUACAAAAGAAUGGACUUGUCAUUCAAUAUUUUACAAAUGAAGAUAAGAAUAAUAUAGAAUUGGUAAAAUUAGCUUUCAAUAAUAAUUAUAAUUCACUUCAAUUUGCAUCAGAAGAAAUAAGAAAAAAUUUCAAAUUAAUGCAAGAAUUUUCAGAAAAAGAACCAUUAUGUUUAGAAUAUAUAUUAGAUGUUAAUAACAUUAUAUAUAAACUGAAUAUGAAAAAUCUAGUACAGAAAAAUGGAUUGGCACUUCAAUAUGCUACUGAAUCAGAUAAAAAUAAUAUUGAUAUUGUAAAACUAGCUGUAAAACAAAAUCCACAAUCAUUAAGAUAUUCCAGUAAGGAUAUUAGAGAAAAUUUUUUACCAUAUUCUCUUAAAAGUAUAUUUGAUAUUUUUCGAAAUUAUUCAAAUGAAUUCACAAAGAAUAAGAGAAUAGUAUUAGAAUCUAUCAGGGAAAAUGUAUUAGCUUUUGAAUAUGCUGAUAUAGUUUUCAAAAAUGAUUUUGAAUUUAUUUGUGAGGCUAUUAAAUACAACAAUAAGAUAUUAUCCUAUCUAUUUAAAUUGAAUGAUAUGGAGGAUAUUCAAAAUAUAGUGGAUUUAAUUGAUAAAAGAACCAACAAUUUAACUCUAAACAAAUGUCCGAGUAAUGAAUUAAUCAACUUUUUAAAAAAAAUGAAACAAUUAACUUUACUUGAUUUUAUUUAUAAUAUUGGUGACGAAGGUGCCAAAUUAAUAAGUGAAAUGAAACAAUUAACUUCACUUGAUAUUAGUGAAAAUAAUAUUGGUGUUGAAGGUGCCAAAUAUAUUAGUGAAAUGAAACAAUUAACUUCACUUAAUAUAUGUAGAAAUGAGAUCGGUGUUGAAGGUGUCAAAUAUAUUAGUGAAAUGAAACAAUUAACUUCACUUGAUAUUAGUUAUAAUAAGAUUGGUGUUGAAGGUGCCAAAUAUAUUAGUGAAAUGAAACAAUUAACUUCACUUGAUAUUAGUGAAAAUAAUAUUGGUGUUGAAGGUGCCAAAUAUAUUAGUGAAAUGAAACAAUUAACUUCACUUGAUAUUAAUUAUAAUAAGAUUGGUGACGAAGGUGCCAAAUAUAUUAGUAAAAUGAAACAAUUAACUUCACUUAAUAUACGUAGAAAUGAGAUUGGUGUUGAAGGUGUCAAAUAUAUUAGUGAAAUGAAACAAUUAACUUCACUUGAUAUUAGUUAUAAUAAGAUUGGUGUUGAAGGCGCAAAAUACCUUAGUGAAAUGAAAACGAAAACAAUUUAUUGA